GGGCGCGCACUGAGGCUGCGCGGUGGCCGCGCCGCAGGUCUUCGGCGCCGGCAGCUUCGGGGCAACCGUCCCGAGCCCUAUGCGGCGUCGCCCAGCAGCCACAAAAGCCCCUUCUGCCAUCUCUCCUAGUCCUACUCCAGCCUCCCCAGCCGCUGUCCAACCCCUCCGCCGGGGUUUGUGCAGCGGCUCGCACAACCCUCGGCCCGUGUACGCGCUUUGCACCUGCCUGCCCGAAAACAUGCUGCCGAAACCCGAGACCGAGGGUCUCCCCAUCCUUCAGACCGAGGGGGAGGAUAGCGGCCUUGACGGUGAGACCCAGACCCUGACCGCCUCGCAGGAGGAGGCCCCGAGCUCCCUCCUGCAGCAGCCCCAGGGGGAUCUUGGCGCCGCAAGGGAGGAGGGGGCUGCAGAUCCCGCCCUCACCCCGAAAGCUGCUAGGGCCUUGGCAGCCAAAACCUUGGUCCGGCGCAGGGUCCGCCGCCGUGUGGAUCAGACGGUGGCCGAGUUGGUGCAGUUUCUGCUGGUGAAGGACUAGAAGAGUCCCAUCACUCGCUCCGAGGUGGUGAAACAUGUUAUAGGAGACUUGAAGGAUCUGUUCCCUGAGAUUAUCGCAAGGGCCGCAGAGAGUCUGCGGCAUGUCUUUGGUUUCGAGCUGAAACAGCUUGACUGUAAGCACCACACUUACAUCCUGAACAACAAACUAAAACCUCUUGAGGAGGAGGAUUUGGGAGGAUAUGGCCCCAGAUAAAUGAUGAUCUUGGGCCUUAUCUACAUGAAAGUUAAUCGUGCCAGGGAGGCACAGGUCUGGGAGAUGCUGCGUCUGUUGGGGGUGCGUCCCUCAAAGUAUCACUUCUUCUCUGGGUAUCCGAAGAGGCUUAAUAAAGACUUCGUGCAGCUGAGAUACCUCAGUUACAGGCGUAUGCCUUACACCAAUCCACCGGAAUGUGAAUUCUCCUGAGGUCCCGGAAGCAACCUGGAAACCAGCAAAGUGAAAGUCUUGGGGUUCCUGCCCAAGCUCCAUAAGAAAGAACCCCACCACUGGCCAGUGCAGUACCGUGAGGCCCUGGCAGACGAUGCUGACAGAGCCAGAGCUGAGGCCACAGUGAGGGCGAGGACUAGGUCCAGUGCUAGGGCCGGCAUCCACCCCUGGUGAGGGCUGAUGGAAGAGUGGCCAGCCAGAGGGGGUCGGGGUGAGUAGGUAUAAAAGCUACUGAGUCGUAAGUAGAAUAGGUGCGGGGAGGGUCAUUAUUUCUGUAGCAGUUGCAUUUCUGUAACUAGGAUUUAGGGUUUGUGUCUUGCUACGUUUUGUUACAUUUAGUAUACUGUUAAAUUGAUGUUUAUAAAUGAGAUUGGUCUACAUUUUCCUGUAGGAUUUUUUUUGUAGAGUUUUGCUGGUUUUGUAAAAUGAAAUGAAAAACUUUACAUUUUAUUCUGUGAUCUUGGACAAAUUAUGCAGCAUUGAAUGCUGCACAUUAAUCAUUUGAAGGAACUCAGCAAUGUGAUGAUCUGGUACUGGGAAAAAAUAGCUGAUUAGUAUCCAGCUUCCCAACACUUUUUGUCUAUUGUAUAAAGAAAAAAGAUUGAAUGUAACUCUGUUUGCUUAGUUACUACAGUAUCUAGGGGGAAAAUGCAAUAAAUUAAAAGAAUAACCUGGUAUAC